AUGCCAAUAGCACUGUCCUUGGGAGUAUCUCCGCUAUCAAAACGGAAUAACCUCCCCAGGGGUGUUGCAGUUGGCCCUCCUGCCGAGGCCAGGGCGCCUGUUGCUCCUGCCGAGGCGACGGCGCCUGUUGCUCCUGCCGAGGCGACGGCGCCUGUUGCAACUGCUGCAUUUGAACCAGAUGCCACACUUGCUGAGGCACGGGGGCCGGUUGCCACACUUGCCAAGGAAUUGUUGCCGGUUGCUACUGCCGAGGCACGGGGGCCGGUUGCUGCUGCCGAGGCACGGGGGCCGGUUGCCACACUUGCCGAGGAAUUGUCGCCGGUUGCUACUGCCGAGGCACGGGAGCCGUUUGCUGCUGCCGAGGCACGGGGGCCGGUUGCCACACUUGCCGAGGAAUUGUCGCCGGUUGCUGCUGCCGAGGCACGGGGGCCGGUUGCUGCUGCCGAGGCACGGGGGCCGGUUGCUGCUGCCGAGGCACGGGGGCCGGUUGCUGCUGCCGAGACACGGGGGCCGGUUGCUGCUGCUCCUGCCGAGGCGACGGCGCCGGUUGCUCCUGCCGAGGCGACGGCGCCGGUUGCUCCUGCCGAGGCGACGGCGCCGGUUGCUCCUGCCGAGGCGACGGCGCCGGUUGCUCCUGCCGAGGCGACGGCGCCGGUUGCAACUGCGGCAUUUGAACCAGAUGCCACACUUGCUGAGGCACGGGGGCCGGUUGCCACACUUGCCAAGGAAUUGUUGCCGGUUGCUACUGCCGAGGCACGGGGGCCGGUUGCUGCUGCCGAGGCACGGGGGCCGGUUGCCACACUUGCCGAGGAAUUGUCGCCGGUUGCUGCUGCCGAGGCACGGGGGCCGGUUGCUGCUGCCGAGGCACGGGGGCCGGUUGCUGCUGCCGAGACACGGGGGCCGGUUGCUGCUGCCGAGACACGGGGGCCGGUUGCUGCUGCCGAGGCACGGGGGCCGGUUGCUGUUGCUCCUGCCGAGGCGCCGGUUGCUCCUGCCGAGGCGACGGCGCCGGUUGCUCCUGCCGAGGCGACGGCGCCGGUUGCUCCUGCCGAGGCGACGGCGCCGGUUGCAACUGCGGCAUUUGAACCAGAUGCCACACUUGCUGAGGCACGGGGGCCGGUUGCCACACUUGCCAAGGAAUUGUUGCCGGUUGCUACUGCCGAGGCACGGGGGCCGGUUGCUGCUGCCGAGGCACGGGGGCCGGUUGCCACACUUGCCGAGGAAUUGUCGCCGGUUGCUGCUGCCGAGGCACGGGGGCCGGUUGCUGCUGCCGAGGCACGGGGGCCGGUUGCUGCUGCCGAGGCACGGGGGCCGGUUGCUGUUGCUCCUGCAGAGGCGCCGGUUGCUCCUGCCGAGGCGACGGCGCCGGUUGCAACUGCCGAGGAGACGGCGCCGGUUGCAACUGCCGAGGCGACGGCGCCGGUUGCAACUGCCGAGGCGACGGCGCCGGUUGCAACUGCCGAGGCGACGGCGCCGGUUGCAACUGCCGAGGCACGGGGGCCGGUUGCUGCUGCCGAGGCACGGGGGCCGGUUGCUGCUGCCGAGGCACGGGGGCCGGUUGCUGCUGCCGAGGCACGGGGGCCGGUUGCUGCUGCCGAGGCACGGGGGCCGGUUGCUGCUGCCGAGGCACGGGGGCCGGUUGCUGCUGCCGAGGCACGGGGGCCGGUUGCUGCUGCCGAGGCACGGGGGCCGGUUGCUGCUGCCGAGGCACGGGGGCCGGUUGCUGCUGCCGAGGCACGGGGACCGGUUACAUCACCUAAGGUAUUUGUGCCAGUUGCCACACUUGCUGAGGCAUUGUGAAUGGUUGCUUCUGCGGAGGCGGUUACUGUUGUUGCUGGGACACGGGAGCCGGUUCCUUUUAAUGCAGUUUGUGGAAUAUAUC